AAAAAUCAGUUAAGUGAAAUCUAUACUCUUAUACCGAAAUACUCAAACGGGUAUCUGAAUGUCCACCCCUACUUUAAAACAAGAAUUCUUAUUUUUUUUCUUCUAUGUAAGUAUAAAUUACGCUCUUUUUUUUCAAAACUAAAGCUGAUAAAAUUUGAUGAAAUAACGUUUUCUUACGAAUCACAGAAAUGGUAUAAAUAAAUAAUUCGAUAAUCUGCAAUUUAUUUUUACUGGAAAAUAAAAAUCUAUACUAUAUAAAUUUCCCUCCUUUCCCCUAUAUCAUCUUCGCGAGCGACGAUACUUCACAAAAAGAAAAAAAAAAGAAAAAAGAAAAAGAAUCAGAGGGCCAAAUCUCUCUACAAGUUUCAUGCGUUUUGAGAUGCUGACUGUGUGAAGAAAACAUCGGUCCUCCCCUCCUCUCCAUACAUCUCUCUACGAAUCUUUGCCUUUGCCUUCGCCAAGCCUGUGUCGAGCAACAAUGAGCGUGGCAUCCCCCGAGGAAUCUCCCGAUUCAACUCACCGGAUCGAUUCGCUCAACGGCGAGCAGAGCGUCUACUUCGUCCCCUUGAGGUGGUGGAAAGAUGCUCAAGAGUCAACGACUUCUGAAUCGGUUGACAAAAGAGAGGUCUUGUAUACAGCAACAACUGGGUCGUCUUAUGGAGGCCCGAUGAAGUUGAUAAAUAACAUCUUUAACUCUGAUAUUUUGUUCGAUCUGAGGAGAGAAGGAGAUGGGUUACUGAAUGGUGAAACGGGAGAAGCAAGCGUCUCAGGCAGGGACUUUGCUUUGGUAUCUAGUGAUAUGUGGCUGCAGGCACUCAAAUGGCACCAUGAUAAUAAAAAUAACGAGAAAGGCGUAAAAAGUUUCUCGGCUGGAGGAGUUGACCGAGGUGAUGUUUAUCCGGUACAACUCAGGCUUUCCGUCUUGCAGGAAACCAAUUCGUUGGCGGUUAAAAUUUGCAAAAAGGACAAUUCAGUUGAGUGCUUCAGAAGAGCAUGCAAGAUAUUCAAUUUGGAUUCUGAGCAGCUGCGCAUUUGGGAUAUUUCUGGGCAAACAACCUUGUUUUUCGAAAAUGAUGUGAACAGUUCCAAGGAUUGUCAACAACAAACAGAUCAAGAAAUGCUCCUAGAGUUGCAGAUUUAUGGGUUAUCAGACUCCAUUAAAUUGAAGGAAUCGAAAAAAGAAGAUGGUUCCACUCAGCAAACCAACGGGAUCACCAAUGGCACUAAUGGUGGCACAAUUUUUAGAUUUGGACGGAGUAAUUCUUUGAGCUUUCUGGGAAAAGCUGGAGAAGCCGGAACUCUGGGGUUGACAGGCUUACAGAAUCUAGGAAAUACUUGUUUCAUGAACAGCUCCCUUCAGUGCUUGGCUCACACACCAAAGCUUGUUGACUUUUUUCUUGGAGAGUACAGUAGAGAAAUAAAUCUCGAGAACCCAUUAGGAAUGAAAGGUGAGAUCGCAUUAGCUUUUGGUGAUUUGUUAAGGAGUUUGUGGGCUCCAGGUGCAUCAACAGUGGCCCCAAGGACAUUUAAAGCAAAACUUGCUCGAUUUGCUCCUCAAUUUACUGGCUUUAAUCAGCAUGAUUCACAGGAACUUUUAGCUUUCUUGCUGGAUGGACUCCACGAAGACUUAAACCGUGUAAAGAACAAGCCUUAUGUGGAAGCAAAAGAUGGAGAUGGCCGUCCAGACGAAGAAGUGGCGGAUGAAUAUUGGCGAAAUCAUGUGGCUCGCAAUGAUUCAAUAAUUGUUGAUGUGUGCCAAGGCCAGUACAAGUCAACAUUAGUUUGUCCUAUUUGCAAAAAGGUUUCUGUUAUGUUUGAUCCGUUCAUGUACCUAUCGCUGCCUUUGCCAUGCACAUCUAUGCGAACAAUGGAUUUAACAGUCAUGAGUGCCGAUGGGGGUAGUCUGCCCGUCUCAUUGACUGUGAACGUUCCUAAGUUCGGAAAAUUUGAAGAUCUUCAGAAGGCUCUUGUUAUUGCUUGCUCUUUACCAGAUGAUGAGACUUUACUGGUUACUGAGGUAUACAACAAUCGGAUUCUUCGCUUCCUGGAUGAGCCUACUGAUUCAUUAACCUUGAUCAGAGAUGGUGACAAACUUGUCGUGUAUCGGUUAAAGAAAGAUGCAGACAAUUCUCCUUUGAUUGUAUUUAUGCAUCAGAAGCUGGAAGAGCAGGUUAUCCUUGGCAAAUCAAGCCCAACUUGGAAGGCAUUUGGAAUCCCCUUGGUCUCGAGGCUUUCUGAUGUUGAGAAUGGAUUUGAUGUUGAAAAAAUGUACCUGAAGUUGCUUAGUUCAUUUAAAAUGCCUACUGAACUCUUCACAGAGAAUCUUGAAAAUCCUAUUAAAGAAGAAGCCAUAGAUAAAGAAGUUACCGAUGGUACUACUUCAGUUGAGGAUACAAAUUCCACUAAUGUGAAGGAGACUGCUGAGUCUCUUCCAGAUCCAGACCCUGUGUUGAGGCUUUACCUAACCGACGACAGAGGAAGCUCAAUAGAAUCUGAAAUACUGAAAGAAAAGCCUGUAAAUAAUAAAUCCAAGCGGUUGAAUGUGCUCGCACGCUGGCCAGUAAAAGAGCUGGACGUUUAUGAUACUUGUCUUCUGAGCUCCUUACCUGAGGUUUCCAAAUUUGGAACUAAGAGACCCCAGGAAACCGUUUCGCUUUACAAGUGCCUUGAAGCAUUCUUGAAGGAAGAGCCUCUUGGUCCUGACGACAUGUGGUAUUGUCCUGGAUGCAAGGAACACCGGCAAGCCAUAAAGAAGUUGGAUCUCUGGAGGUUGCCAGAGAUACUGGUUAUUCAUCUGAAGAGGUUUUCUUAUAGCCGGUUUAUGAAGAACAAGCUGGAGGCCUAUGUGGACUUCCCGAUAGAUGGUCUUGAUCUAUCAAGCUACAUCUCCUACACAAAUGGUCAGACGACUUAUCGCUACAUGUUAUAUGCAAUCAGCAAUCACUAUGGGAGCAUGGGAGGUGGUCAUUACACUGCAUAUGUCCACCAUGGAGGUGAUAGAUGGUACGACUUUGAUGAUAGCCAGGUGAACAAGAUAAGCCAAGAAAAGAUCAAGACCUCGGCUGCUUACGUUCUGUUCUAUAAACGUUUAGUUGAAGACAAAUGAAGGAGAAGCUGAGAAAGAGGUAACCGUGCAGUUUUGACAGUGUUAGGGAAGGUUAUUUUACAAACAUGAUUGGGUUGAUUCUCAUCAGUACAAGAAGAACAAGAUCAAAGCAGCUGUGUUUGAUGCUUGUUAGAGAGUGAGGAGAGUAGGGAAGAAGAAGAAGAAGAGCAAAAGCCGGAGAGAACAUGUUGCGGGGGGGGGAUUCAUUUUAUUUUUACGAAAGUUGUUUGGUGUCUGAUUAUUUCAUUUAAAAAAACCAUAUUCAAUUACUAGAGUAGAAGGCAUAGAGAAAUGCCUUUGAGCAAAAACCCUUUGUGGGAUAUAUGUUCUGAUCGUUGUGUUUAGUUUGUGUCGGUUGGUUCUUGAGACCAAGAAAGUUAUUAAAAACAAGUCGACUUUUGAAUAA